UCCACUACACCGGAAGUGCCUCGACGAGCUACCGCUGCCACUAUUUGAGCUUGCCCUCACUGCGUAAACAAGAGGGGAGCUUUGUUGUACUUUGUACAAAACACGACGAGAUGCCCAAAGUGAAGAGAAGCAGGAAGCCGCCGCCAGACGGCUGGGAGCUGAUCGAGCCCACUCUGGACGAGCUGGAUCAGAAAAUGAGAGAAGCUGAAACAGAGCCUCAUGAAGGAAAACGAAAGGUCGAGGCCCUGUGGCCAAUUUUCCGGCUUCACCAUCAGCGGAGUCGAUACAUCUUUGACCUCUUCCACAAACGCAAAGCCAUCAGCAGAGAGCUGUAUGAUUACUGUAUAAAGGAAGGCUAUGCAGACAAGAACCUGAUUGCCAAGUGGAAGAAGCAGGGCUACGAGAACCUGUGCUGUCUGCGUUGCAUCCAAACAAGAGACACCAACUUUGGAACCAACUGCAUCUGCAGAGUCCCCAAGGGAAAGCUGGAAGUCGGACGGAUCAUUGAAUGCACCCACUGUGGAUGCAGAGGCUGCUCUGGCUAAGUGUAGAUUAUGGACAUCUAUUUUCUGUUGGACAUCAGGGCUCAUCAAUCCUCCAUCUGUGCUCCCUCACAACCCUGACGUCACAGUUUCUUUAAUUCAGUCGCCUGCUUUAGAAACAGUUUGCUAACAUCUUCACCACCGACUCCAGCAGACCUGAUUAGGGAUCAGUAUUGAAUAUUCUGCUUUUAAACAUGGUUGGGCAAUGGAGAAAGCAUUGAGAGGGGCCAUCUUAUCUUAAAUACAUUUGUUUUUCUCUGUGCUGUUUUUUUUUAAUACACACUAAACUGAAGCCCUGGCCUUAGCUCGAGAUGAGGUGUUUCUGGAUCAGGUCUGUUAUUCAACUGUGAAGGUCAAUUUCAAUACUUCUGUGUUUCAUUUCAUUGAAGGGGGGGGGCUGGCAGGAAGUGAUUCGUGUUUGAAUGUUGUUUUAAACCUGAACCUUUUCAACAUUGUUAUUGUAGUAUAAUUUUAAAUAAAGAAAUUCUGAUUUA